UGAACCUGGGCAUGGACUUCACUGAGUGCUACCGAGACACGGUGUCCAGUGUGGCCGCUGCUGCUCGCUCAGGCUGCACUAGGCGGCUGAGGACGCUGAUUCAGAGAGGCUGCAGUGUGGACUGUCGGGACAACCGAGGCUGGACCCCCCUGCACGAGGCGGCGGCAGCUGGCAGCAAAGUGUGCGUCCAGGAAAUCCUGUCAGCUGUCAGAGCACGCUCCUCCAGCUGUUGUCGUGUUUAUGUGAACCAUCUGACGCAUGAGGGUGAGUCUGCCUGUUACCUGGCAGCGCAGUGUGGACACCUGUCAGUGGUCCGACUGCUCCUCAAAGCACACGCUGACAUCAACCAGCUCACUAACGACUUGUCCUGUCCUCUUUAUGAAGCUGUUAGCCACGGGCACACAGAUGUUGUAGCACUGCUGGUAAGCAAAGGUGCUGAGGUCAACAGAAUGCACACAGAGUCCGGCUGGACCUGCCUGCACCAAGCUGCAUAUAAGGGCCACACUGAGAUCGUGCGCAUUCUUGUUAACAAAUGCAACCUGGAGGAAGUAGAUGAUUACAGGAUUUCCCCGUUAUUUGUGGCUGCACAGUACGGACAGAGGGGGUGCCUGGAAAUACUCGUUAACGCCGGUGCCAACGUGAACACGCAGGCAGUUGAUCUGAGUACACCUCUGUUCAUCGCCUCUCAGGAGGGACACCAGGCCUGUGUGGACUUCCUGUUGGACCACGGGGCUGACCCUAACAUGGUCUGCAGUCACGACUGGCCUCAGUUUGCCAUUCACGCCGCAGCCCAGUUUGGUCACAUCGGCAUCCUCAGGAGCCUCAUAGCUGUUACGGAUCAUGCGUGCGACCGUGGCGAGAGCAUGGUGAGUCCGGUGUAUGUAGCUAUUAACAGCGAUCAGACCAAGAGUGUGGAAUUGCUGUUGAGGGAAGGUUACAGCCCAGACGCCCAGGACUGCUCGCACACCCAUGGCCUCCUCUCACCGCUCUCCCUGGCCUUGUAUCGCACACCCCAGAAACCUUACAGUGAGUCGGUGAAACUGCUGAUAGCUGCAGGAGCAAGGUUGAAUGAGGAAGAUUGGAUUUAUGCUUUGGCCACUGACGAAGCAGACCUGCUGCAGCUGAUAUUUGAGCACCGGUGGAUACCUCGCCCAGAGGCUGUGACCAGCGAUGAAUCUGUACUGCAGCAUGAUGGGAAAACUGAGCUGAAGCUGAGAGAACUGAAAGAGAUGCUCUGUGUGGCUCUAAACCAAGUACAUUUUGCUGGCUGCUGGCUUCCUCCUCUCCUGAAGGCAGGACUGGAACCAUCUUUACUGCUUCAGCCCCACAUGUUGGAGGAGGCAGACAGCCAGGUGUUAAAUUACCUCCUUGAGUUUGUAAACUGGUCGACUUUAUCUCCCCAUUUGAAACAUAUUCUGGAUCGAAGGGUGGCAGAAAAGUCCUGGGAUCCACAUCCAUGUUUCGACUCCGUCCCCUGUCUUUCCCACAUCUGCCGGCUGCAGGUCAGAGCACUGCUGGGACCAGAUAUCCUGAUGAGGACCAAUGUCGUCCAACAGCUUCCUGUCCCCAACCUGCUUCAUGAUUUCCUUAAAUUCAGGGACAUCCCAGAAGCUUCAUACCCACACGCGCCACUGUUGCCAAUUUUACAGCGAAUCGAGGAACAUCGCAAUACACACCAGCACAGACAUGUUCUAUGACCACAUCGGUGUCUUAUGUUCAAACCCAAGAAUCCAUAUUAUUCCAUUAAAUGCAAAUAUUCAA